AUGUAUGCGGGAGCCGCCCGCCGCCGCCGCGCCGCGGGGCCACCGCGCCGGGACUUCAUCUCCGUCAGUCUUCGGCCCAGAGGAGACGGUCGGGCUGGCGGCUACAACAACAGCAAGGCCUGGCGGCGGCGCUCCUGCUGGCGAAAAUGGAAGCAGCUGUCCCGACUCCAGCGGAGUGUCAUUCUCUUCCUGUUUGCCUUCUUGGCAGUCUGUGGAGUCAUUUCGUACACAAGCAUGGGAGAAGCAUGGAAAAGUCUAACAAACAAGCCAUUAGAUGAUCAGAGAACAGAACAAGAAAUUCCUGGAGUAAAGCUGGCAAAUCCAGCUGUUCUACCAGCACCCCAGAAAGCAGAUGCCAACCGUGGAGACUACCCUGAGCUUUCGCCGCAGAAGCAGCCAAACCCACCUCAUGUUCGUCGUGGUCCUUCCAAUCUUCAGAUCAAGGCACCACAGAGGGACACAAGGCUGAAGACCCGACACAGUACCAUCAGGGCUGUAGAAGGGCCAGUCCAGACUGAUAAAGGAGAGAAAACAGAGAAAUCCAUUAUCAGCUGGAGAGGAGCAGUGAUAGAACCUGACCAAAACACUGAACCUCCAUCCAGUAAAAUAAAGGAACCAGAAAAACCUUCAUCUGUGGAGGCUGAAGACCAGAAGGAACCAGUGCCCAUAAAUGAGCGGCAGCUGGCUGUGAUCGAAGCCUUCCGCCAUGCCUGGAGAGGGUACAAGGAUUUUGCCUGGGGCCACGAUGAGCUGAAGCCUUUGUCCAAGUCCUACAGUGAGUGGUUUGGACUUGGGCUUACCUUAAUUGAUGCCUUGGAUACCAUGUGGAUUUUAGGCUUAAAAGAAGAAUUUGAAGAAGCAAGAAAAUGGGUAGCAAAUGAUUUAGUAUUUGAUAAAAAUGUGGAUGUGAACCUGUUUGAGAGCACUAUCCGUAUCCUAGGCGGCUUGCUGAGCACCUACCACCUCUCUGGAGAUGGCCUUUUCCUGGAAAAAGCUAAAGACAUUGGGAACAGGCUUAUGCCAGCAUUCAAGACCCCCUCCAAGAUACCGUAUUCUGAUGUCAACAUUGGCCGGGGCACUGCACAUCCUCCUCGUUGGACAUCCGAUAGCACUGUGGCAGAGGUGACCAGCAUUCAGCUGGAGUUUAGGGAGCUCUCUCGUCUCACUGGAGAUGAGAAGUUUCGGAAAGCUGUAGAUGAGGUGAUGAAGCAUGUUCACACACUCUCAGGGAAAAAUGAUGGCCUCGUGCCUAUGUUCAUCAACACCAACAGCGGGCAGUUCACGCACCUGGGGGUCUACACUCUGGGAGCCAGAGCUGACAGCUACUAUGAGUAUCUGCUCAAGCAGUGGAUUCAGGGUGGGAAAAAAGAAAACGAGCUGUUGGAAGACUAUAUGAGAGCCAUAGAAGGGGUGAAAAAGCAUCUUCUUCAGAGAUCAGCCCCCAAAAAGCUUACUUUUGUAGGAGAGCUUGCUCAUGGCCAUUUCAGUGCCAAGAUGGAUCACUUGGUUUGCUUCUUGCCGGGUACUUUGGCACUAGGAGCCCACAAUGGACUGGAUGCUGAUCAUAUGAAGUUGGCUGAAGCCCUUAUAGAAACCUGCUACCAGAUGUACGCUCAAGUAGAGACAGGCCUGAGCCCGGAGAUCGUACAUUUCAACCUCCAUGCGCAGAAGGGCCACAAAGAUGUGGAAAUCAAGCCCGCAGACAGGCACAACUUACUGCGACCAGAAACUGUGGAAAGCCUUUUUUAUAUGUACAGAUUCACUGGUGAUAAGAAAUAUCAAGACUGGGGCUGGGAAAUCUUGCAGAACUUCAAUAAAUACACACGGGUUCCUACAGGUGGUUAUACUUCCAUUAACAAUGUCCAGAAUCCCAGUAAUCCAGAGCCACGGGAUAAGAUGGAGAGCUUCUUCCUUGGAGAAACACUCAAAUACAUGUUUCUGCUGUUUUCAGAUGACAUAGACUUAAUCAACCUUGACAAAUACAUCUUUAACACGGAGGCUCAUCCACUCCCUAUCUGGGUGCCAGCAUAGACUCUGCAACACUGGACCUUUCAGUGGUAGCAUUUUUAUCUCCAAGUCACUUUACUUUUCAGGGUUUGAGGAGAGAUGCUAUAUUGCACCUUUUUUGGCUUCAAACAACAAACAGAACCUUGGGGAAAGCAUCUCUGGUUUGAAGAAAUCAUGUCAGUCUUAAAUCUAAUCCCUGGUUCUGGGAUGAACAAACCGUGCCAUAUGAAGCUGGUUUCCCUAGUACUGAUGACGAGGUUCAGAGAGUAAUUGCAGUGGGGACCACAACAUUCAUGGGGCUCUGGUGACCCGGAACUCACUUAUGGCAGUCUUACUAAAUGCUCAUUAUAUAUUGGGAAUGCAGCAAGUCAGCUUAGGGCACAGGGUUGUUCCUGGAGAGCAAGAAUAAGCCUACAGUUUUUUGGUUUAUUCUGGAUUCACUGAAACACUGGAUUACAGAGCCAUUCCUUUGUCAGAAUGUGACAGUGGUUCAGGUGGAAAGUGGAAUAAACAAAAGAGCUGUAGUGCUGUCCCAGCCAGGUAGAAGCAAAUCUGUCAGUAUUGCUGCUGAUACUCUGAUCUCAUUCCAAACUCACAAGCUGUGCUGCAUCACCUUAGGAGAAGGAAGAAGCAGCAGAGCAUUCAUUGUAUAGGGUCUUAGUUUUUGUAGAGCACUUUGAACAGUCUGUCCAAGCUGAGGCUGAAAUGAAUGGUGAAAGGGAAUUUGCUGCUGGUUUGGCUCAAAGUGGUAUAUAAUUUUUUAGAGGUAUUGCAGUUUUUUAACUUAUCUGCAGGAAUGCAGGAGAUAAUGUGAAAUACAAGUGAAACUACAUGUGCAUUUUAUAUAUUAUUUGCAUCAGUUAGACUCAGGUAUUCUGACUGAAAGCUGCUUUCUGAGGUUGGGUACUGGGAAAGCUUGUGAGCACAUUAGUUAUCAGCCUCCUUCCGUCCCUUCCUGUCCAGAUAUCACAUCAUGAGGUCUUUGUUGACUCAAGCUUACAACUGUACAGCACAGUUUAUGUUAUUCAUAAUUUCUUGGACAGGAGAAGUUUUCAAUUUUUUUUUUCCUUAGUAAUACAUUGGUUAGAAGUAUUUUCGAUAGUAGUGUUAAAAGCAGACAGUCUGAAAGUAUUACAGUAAUUUCAGGUCCCAGUAGAAUUAGAGAAAUCCAUUUCAGUUGCUUGAAGACAAAGCAGACCCAGGUUUUUUAAGAAUCUUAUUGGAGCCCUGGAAUCUUUCAUUUUUAUAUGUGCAAUAGAUUUUAAACCAUGAAUUUGGAAAUGAGCUUUCUUUAGUGCUUGUCCUUUUGGAUUUGUAGCUACUUGGACAGUCCUGUAUUCACAGAUAAGAUCUCAGAAAUGUGCUUGUUCAUAUUUCUGGAAGAGGUUUUUCUUGCUGAAAUGCCCUUUCCCCUGUGGUAGUGGGUGUGAUGGGCACAACCAGGUUUGUGGUGGCAGCAGGGAGGUCCAGUCCCCACUAACACCAGCACCACUGACAGAACUGAUUGAGUCUGACUGGAAUGGCUGAGGGGGGUAUGUGUAUUUUAUAGUAAUUAAAACCUUUGAUUUGUAAAGUAAGAUACGUCUUUGUUUUAUGCUGAUCCAUUUUGUUUGCUGGAGUUACAGUUACCCUUGGGACCACUAUUUAAGUCUUUUAGAGAAUAUUUAUCAUUCUAUGUACUAAUGAUGGGUUAUGGAAAUGAAGAACUCUUACAGAUUAUUUAAUGCACCUUUUGUGUCAUCAAAAGUAUCUUGGGAGUGGCAGGACAGAACAGGUCAGUGCAGAGUGCUAAUGUUCCUCCCGCUCAUUUGCCAGCAGUAACCCCUGCAAUGAGCUUCUCACAUACAUGUGCAGUGGAAUCCAGUCACUGUGGCCUUUGGCUGCACAACUGAUUGGUUGCCAAUACUUUUGUUUUCUUUGACACAACAGCAAAUGAGGAAGGUGCUGUUGAAAUGUGGGAGGUAACACUUUCAGUGUUUUUGUUUGUGGAGCAGGUUUGUGCUGCUAAGCAGCUGAGCUUUGGCUAAAAGCUAAUCUUAAAAUUGGAGAUUAAAGAAAAAAAAGAUAAAUUCAGUGCAACUAUCCAGGUCCUGGUGACUCGUGUUGCUUUGGCCUUGUGCCUUUGACUGAAGCUAGUACUGAACCCUUAAUUAUGACUGUGCUAUGGAUUGUGAAACUUCCGGGGUUUGGUGUUUCACCCAUACAGCUGCCUGACUGAGGCAACAGAGACAUUUCUUAGGAAAUGGAAUACAUAGAAAUGCUUACCAAAAAUGUUCUGUUCUUGAAGUCUUACAUUAGUGUUAAUGUAAUCGAUUCUACAAAUGGGACUGCGGGAGUCUGCAUUAUAUUAUUUUUGCCUUAUGAUUGGCUUGAGAGUAAUAAUUCAUUUCCUAAUGAGUUAAAGGAAGGGAGAGAAGAAUAAAUCAUCAGUUUCCCAAACAUAUCUUAUCUUUUAGCUGAGCCUGUUGGUCCAACUGAUUUCUACCUAGUUCUUGUUGGGACAUGGAAUCUCUGCAAAAUGUGGCUUUACUGUCCUCAGCCUUUAAACCUGAAGUUCAUAUUGUUCAGUUCUUGCUUCCCUUGAGAACAAAUGCUUGUUUCACACCCCUGUAUCACAUGCGAAAUGGCACAAACUAAAGAAUCUGAACAAAGCUCACCUGUUCUUCCUGUUCUCUUGCAAAGGUAAUUUUAAUUGCUUAUUUAUUUUUACUUUCUUAACAAACUGUUGUGUCAGGUCAGUCUCUGAGCUCCACAGCCCAUCUCUAUUCCACGAUGUGCUCCCCCAGCACAACAGAAAAUCAAAAGUUUUCCCUUUGAGCACUCUGUGGUUCCUUGUUCCAAAGCCUGAACUUGCUGGUCCGUAACCCGCUCUGAUGUUUCAGUGUACUGGGAUGCUCCUGGCUUAAGUGGAAUGUUGUAGAAAGGCCACCACUGAGCUGGGAUUCUGUCCUUCUGCACAAAGAGCUGCAGUGGUUUCUCUCCAAGAGCUUGAGUGCCUGCCUAAUUAAACUAAAACAACCCUUGGCCCCACUGCCUCUACUGUUCCCUUGGGCUUUCACUGAGGAACAGAGCCGGGCACUGGCAGAGCCACAGAGAGCUGCAUGGCUGUAGGACUUGGGAGUCUCAUACUUGGGGCUUUGAGCCACAGCUUAGGAAAAAAAUACAGACCUGUUUGCUCGAAGAAAAUUCAGCAGGUGGAUGGGGCACAGUUAGCAUCUAAUCCCUGAACUUCUGAAAGCUGAAUUCUCAUUACAGGUCAUAGAAACUGGCAGUUUUGCCAGGUCCCUGGUGUUGGCUGAGAGGCCCCCCUCGUGUUUCACAGGACUUUCCAGUAACAGGAUUUUCGCAUUCCAAGGUUUCGCAUUUUGCCAAGUUAAGGUACACCUGUAUUUACUCCUCCAAAUACUAGACAAAGAGUACACCUUGUUUCCAGUUCCAUACCAGUGUGAGGUUGGCAGUGAUGAGGGAUGAGAACAGGAAAGGUUUUUGCAGUAACACAUUUACAGUUUUGUGAAUUUCUCCUGCACUUUAGGACUUCCCUUCAGCUGUGCGCUCCUAGAAAUAGCCCUGCAGGGAAGUCAGCUCCUAAAUUCCAGUGCCACACUCAGUAUAUUUAACAAGACCAGUAAAACGGACAGGACAGGGUAGCUUCAUGAAGCUUGUUGCUUCGACAGAAAGUUUAAGAUUUUUCUGACUUUGGAUUUGGUAAGAAGGGCUUAGGGUUUUUUCGUCUCUGUAAUAUUGCUGGAGAUUGCUGUCCAAGUCUGGAGGCUUCCACUGAAAUCUGAGUUCCUGUUCUGUGUAAUGUUCCCACGUUGCUCCCGCUCGCCACAUUGGUAUGUGACGAUGGAACAAACGAGCCUUUGUUCAACAACCCCACUGGGUUGUUGAGCAUAGGGGAGGGGCUGCAGCCAUGAUCUGGUCUGGGUCACUCCUGCUGGCACCCCAUUUUCCUUUUGUGGCCCGGAAGUUGAGCCAGGAGCAGUGUUCCCAUGAUGCUCAUGAGCAGUGACUGCUGCUAUGUGGCUGUGGUUCUUCCCUUCAGCUCAGACAGCACCACACAACCAGGGUUUUCCACUUACAUCCCACGCUUGCUUGCCCAGGGCUUCAACGCAUUAUGGAUGUUGGUGGCACUGGCUUCAGACUUCUGCCAUGGUUUCUUUUUUAGCACUGCUCAUCUGUACUGAAAGUCCAUAUGUAUCAUGUUUAUCUCUUUGCCAUGGUGUCUGAAAGCCUUUUAUUCAUCCAUCCAUAUCAAUCAGUGGGUGUUCCUCACGCUAAGUGGAUUCCUUUGGGGCAAGAACUAUCUGUAAGAGGAAAAUAGGAGCUCAGUGUAGUCCACUAUAAGGGGAUUAAAGAACUCCUGCCCUUCUGGAAGGUCAGCAGACACCUGGGCCUCCUUUCCCUCCAAAGCCCAAACCCAACCCUGACUGCAGGGGUGACUUGCAGCGAUUUCCCAAAAAGACUCUCCCUGAGCCUGGCUGUGUUCAUGCACUGCUGGGCUGGUGUCACUGGGUGCCUGCUUGUGGGACUUAAGGGUACUGUUAGAAAGGGAAUACAAGCAAGAUGCAAUCCUUGCUCUCUGCUUUUUUUUUUUUAUUGUGGUGCUAAUCCUGAAUAAUGCCUGGAUACAGCAAAUCUGAAUUCCAUAACAUUGAGGGCUCUGAGCAUGGAGGAUGAACAUGAGUCCAGCACCUCAGUAAGGCUGGGUGUGGCAGCCUUGUAUAAGCCACAGCUGGAGCAACAAACACAAAGCCCAACUUGAGCAGGAGCAGAAGGGAUGGUGGCAGCUCUGAGCAGGGCCAGUGGAGGCUUUCAUCUGCAUGAACAGAGGAUUUGGGUCUUUCUGAAGAUGUAGUGCCACUGGCAGGCUUACAGCAGCUUUCUUGGGGACUGGAGUUGACUAAUCGGGUCUUCCGUGUUUUCCUUCAUUUACACAUAUCUGAAGCAGUUGACAAAGGAAUGGAUCCAUCUGUUCCUGCUCUCUCCUGCAUUUCUGGGGUGGGGCACAAGCUUCGGCCUUUUGUUCUUAAGAACAGGGCAGAGGUAUGUGAGUCCUGUGUCAGCACCUGAACAUUGUGAAAUACCAGCAGUGGCUCUGGGAAACAGCUCUCCUGUGACCAGGGAGGGCCCAUCAGUGCAAACACUGACACAAAGCCUGUGGCACUGCUGUGACUGUACUGCACAAGCAAUGGAAACCUGUGGGGACACAGGAGGCCUCUCCACUAAAGUAAUAAAAUCACUGCAAAAAUAUUAAACCCUAGUAAUCAACUGGCUGCCUCAGUUGAUCCGUUUACAAUUAUGCUAGUAAUUAUUGGUGCAUAGUCAUUCCAGUAGGCAAGAAUCCAUGUUUCUGUGGAUGAGUUACUGCAUUAUUCCACCUGGGAAGGUGAGAAGGAACCCUUUUUUUCUUCGGUUAUACAUUCGUUUAUAUAUUCCAAGCCAUGGAAUUAUAUCACACACUUUAAUAAACUUUGAUAUCACACACUUUAAUAAACUUGUAAUUUGUUUUAAAAA